AGUGGUAGGAGCUGGUAUUAUUCUUGGCACACUGUGUACGUGCUAUGAUCACAUUCGCUGUUUGUUGGAAAACAAAAGCGCCGUCGACCAAGAUUCAUCGUGCACGAUCAGCGCACACGGAAAUGAAAUGCGCAAAUUCAGAUCCUGCUUUAUUUACCUUUGUAAAUUAUCAAUACACUUCUAAGAACCGUCGUGGAUCCCUUUCCUCCUGCAUAUCGUCAUCAUACCGUGGCAUGUUUCAGUAGCUGUUAGAGAAAUCCUGAAGUUGUCCUGCAGCUGGCCGAAGUUCAGUUUCAGUUUGUGGACUGUUGACUUGUUGCCACCUAUGCGUAAUACCCGCACAGCGUUUACAAUGUACUCGAAAGUUGCAGAGUCAUGUUGCUGCAGAAAUUCCUCCCCUUCACCACCACAGCCUGUGGACGUCAGCCAGCAGCGGAGCAGGGGAACGACGACACACACACAGCUCAGUCUCCUUGUAACGUGGAGCUUGACAAGUCCGCUGGUUUCCUGAGGUACGCUCGGCUUCAGCCAGCGACCGGGCAAAGCUUACCUGUGGUUGUGCGUAAACUUCUGUGAUAUCAUGCGCCGUGUUCUCGUGUGAUACGAGUGUCUAACAGCUGCCGUCGAGGCGUAACUGUAGGACACGUGUCACAGCAGAUGGGAUUAAGGAAAGACCUGCCAGGAUACAUUUGAUUUUGCACUUUUGCACAUGUUCCAACCACUUCCUCUUCUCCUGUGGGGUGCUGAAUUGCAGAGGACUUUCUCAAAUGUCAGAAUGGAUUACUUUCUAAACCGUGAAACCUGAAAAAUCUGGAGCUGAGUGAUCAUGGUUUGACUCGUGCUUUGGAAACUGUCUGAUCUUGAGACAAAUGCUAUCAGUCAUGUUGGAGCCUGGAUCUGUAGAUGUGAGAUUAUUAUGUGGUUCACCAUCAGUCUGCAAGUUUGUUUACCCAUUAUAUUUGUGCUGGGAAACGUAUGACCUGGAUAAUGCAGCAGCUGGCUUUUCCUGUGCACUGCUUGCCUCCUGAUUGUGUCUGGAAUCACCAAUGGAUAAUGUCACUAUGCUGUUUUCAUCCCUAAUUUCUUUGGAGAUGUCCAGUGAGUGAAUAGAGUUUUUUUGUUAAAUUAACAGAAGAAUGGAUGAACUAAAGACAUGCGCUCAGCGGAGCCUGUACAGUAAUGUAUUAAAAGACCCAUUGGGAUAACAACUCAAAACUUUAAACUAUAGAAGACUGGAAAGGUAUUUACUCAAAAAAAAGUGGGUGUCCUCCUCUUCAUCUCUACCCACAAUGCAUUGCGCUAUGAGGAAGAAACGUCCCACAUGUAAUUCUGACUUCUCAGCUAUUGUAGUUCCCUCCAUGCAUGGGUCUGGGUACCUUGACUACACUGUGGAGAAUCAUGCUUCCAGGUCCCUGGCAGUCAUGCAUGAGCUCAGACAGCAAGAGAUGUUGUGUGAUCUGGUGCUACAUGUUGCGUACAAGGAAAGAACAGAGGACUUCAAGGUGCACAGGGUUGUACUGGCCUCUUGUAGCCCCUACUUCAGAGCCAUGUUCACCAGCAGCUUCAGAGAGUGCAGCGCCUCGGAGGUCACCUUGUGUGAUGUCUGUCCCCAGGUGGUUGGAAUGCUCAUUGACUUUGCAUACACCUCCCGCAUCACAGUGGGAGAGAAGUGUGUGUUACACGUUCUUUUGGCUGCUAUGAGGUAUCAGAUGGAGGAUGUGGCCAAGGCAUGCUGUGACUUCCUCAUUAAGCACCUAGAGCCAGCUAACGUUAUCGGCAUCGCCCGCUUUGCUGAGGAGAUCGGCUGCAUGGAGCUGCACCAGCACAGCCGAGAGUAUAUCAAUACACACUUCAAUGAGGUGACUAAAGAAGAUGAGUUCUUCAGCCUCACUCACUGCCAGCUGCUAGAGCUCAUCAGUCAGGACAGUCUGAAGGUGCUUUGUGAGUCUGAGGUGUAUAAGGCCUGUACAGACUGGGUCGGCUGGGAUAUGGAGGGUCGAGCCCAGUAUCUACAUGCCCUCCUGAAUGCGGUUCAUAUCUACGCUCUGCCUCCCAAGUUCUUAAAGAACCAGCUCCUGUCCUGUCCCAUCCUCCGUAAGGCCAAUACCUGUAAGGACUUCCUUUCUAAGAUCUUCCAGGAUAUGACACUGAGGAGGCUGUCUCCUGCACCUAACCGCGGAACUCAGCUUAUCUAUGUGGCCGGCGGAUACAAGCAACAUUCACUGGCCUCCACGGAGGCUUUUGAUUUCACGAGGAAUGUCUGGCUAAAACUGGCUGACAUGGACACUCCAUGCAGUGGUCUGGGAGCCUGUGCACUGUUAGGAUUGCUCUACACCGUUGGGGGUCGGAACAUGUCACUUCAAAACAACACAGAGUCCAGCGCUCUGUCCUGCUACAACCCAAUGACCAACCAGUGGAGCCAGCGAGCCUCCCUCAACAUCCCCAGGAACAGGAUCGGGGUGGCUGUGGUGGAUGGCUGCAUCUACGCAGUCGGCGGAUCCCAAGGCUCGACACAUCACAACACGGUAGAGAGGUGGGAUCCAGAGUCUGAUCGCUGGUCCUUUGUUUGUCCGAUGUCAGUUGCCCGUCUGGGUGCCGGAGUGGCAGCCUGCGGGGAGGUUCUGUACGUGGUGGGGGGAUAUGAUGGACAGAACCGCAUGAACACUGCAGAGAAAUACCAACCUGACAAUGACACAUGGCACCAGCUGGCUCCCAUGAGCUCUGUACGCAGUGGACUGGGGCUGGUGUGUGUGAACUCUUACCUGUACGCUAUAGGAGGUUAUGAUGGGAGGACUCAGCUGUGCUCUAUGGAGCGUUAUAAUGUAGCCAGGAACGUGUGGGAGCCUGCAGCUUCCAUGCAGCACUGCCGCAGCGCACACGGAGUCGCAGUCCUCCAGAGGCGCAUCUUCGUCCUCGGAGGUUUUAACCAGCACGGCUUCCUGUCCAGUGUUGAGUGUUACUGUCCAGAAAGUAAUGAAUGGAUGCAUGUCACCGACAUGCCCGUUGGACGCAGCGGCAUGGGCGUCGCUGUUACCAUGGAGCCCUGUCCUGGCACCCUGAUGGAACCAGAGGACGAGGAGGAAGGAGCCACAUAUGGUGAGGACGAAAUCUGAUGAAGUCUCAAGUUUUGAAUAUAGUUUUAAGUGAGGCUGCUGACUGGGUUAAGUGCAUUAAAUAAAAACAUUCCACUAUGAAAACGUCUCACACAUCUCACCCACAUGGAUCUCAGUUGUGUUGCCCCCGGAAUAGUCUGAAUGGAAACUACAGUAUAUCUCUACGUCACGUCUGCUGGGGGAACAAGUGAUAAAGGAAAAUUGGUAGCACUACAGAGACCUUGUAAUGAACAAGGUGCUACAGAUGUAAUCUCAAAUAACAGUACUGUUUAAUUAAGUCGUUUUUUUUUUUCCUCUGCUGUUUUUAAUCUCCUUAGUAUUCAGUUUCACUGAUAAAUUUACAAAGUGAACUUUCAGCGACUUUCAGGGUCCUAAUUUCUAAUUACUCUACCUCCAUCUCUGUCCAAAUGCCAACAUAGUUUCACUGAAAAUUGCCAUUUUUUUUAGUUUUGUUUUUUGUUCUUUGUUGUGAAUUUACUAUAUUUCGUGAAAAUAAAGACAAUCAAAUGCUAACUAUUACAUU